AUGUGCAAGACACUUAACUCUCUCUUAUCUAUCUAUCUAUCUAUCUAUCUAUCUAUCUAUCUAUCUGUCUGUCUGUCUGUCUGUCUAUCUUUAAUAUCUGUCUUAUCUAUCCAUAUGUGCAAGACAAUUAAUAAAUCUUAUCUAUCUAUCUAUCUAUCUAUCUAUCUAUCUAUCUAUCUAUCUAUCUAUCUCUGCCUGUCUGUCUGUAAACCAGUUUAUCUUCGAAUAACACACUUAACUCUCUCUUAUCUAUCUAUCUAUCUAUCUAUCUAUCUAUCUAUCUAUCUGUCUGUCUGUCUGUCUAUCUGUCUACAAUUAACUCUCUCUUAUCUAUCUAUCUAUCUAUCUAUAUGUCUGUCCACACUUAACUCUCUCUUAUCUGUAUCUAUCUAUCUAUCUAUCUAUCUAUCUGUCUGUCUGUCUGUCUGUAAACCAGUUUAUCUUCGAAUAACGUCAGUUUAUCUGUCUUAUCUAUCUAUAUUCAAGAAUAACUCUCUCUUAUCUAUCUAUUGCUAUUUAUCUAUCUAUAUUUUUAAUAUCUAUCUAUCUAUAUAUAUAUAUGCAAGACAGUUAAUGUUUCACUCUUGUCUAUAUCGCACUCUUAUCUAUCUAUCUAUCUAUCUAUCUAUCUAUCUAUCCUUGCAAUUAUUAUCUAUCUUAUCUAUCUAUCUAGGCAAUUUAAUAUCUAUCUCUCAUCUAUCUCGCAAACUUAUGUAUCUCUGCAAGCCAGUAAAAAUAUCUAUCUAUCUAUCUAUCUAUCUAUCUAUCUAUCUAUCUAUCUGUCUGUCUGUCUCUAUCUAUCUACGCAAAUCAGUUAAUAUCUAUCUCACUUAUCUAUCCAUCUCUGCAAGACCGUUAAUAUCUAUCUAUCUAUCUAUCUAUCUAUCUAUCUAUCUGUGCAAGAGGACAGUUAAUAUCUAUCUAUCUAUCUAUCUAUCUAUCUAUCUAUCUAUCUAUCUAUCUAUCUGUGCAAGAGGAAGAUAUGUUAAGGAGGUGAAUUGGCCUGAGGAGACGUUCAAAGUAAUCUAUCUCUAUGUCUUAGCCUUUCCACUAUCUAUCUAUCUAUCUAUCUAUCUAUCUAUCUAUCUAUCUAUCUAUCUAUCUAUCUCUGUUCAUUAUGUGACUGUUCUCAUGCAAGGACUCCUGUGGAUGUUGUCCUAG